UGAACGGGCGGUGUGUCUCCCCCGGAGCCAUUAGCGUGUGACACCCGAUACCUGAGCAGCCUGUGUGAUGGAGUUUCGCUAACUGUCGGUUACUGAAACAUCACAGAACACAGUGGUUACGCACCUACAGCUCGGAGCGCAGCGUUUAAGGAGCGACCUCUUCGACAUGGCAGAAAACAUAAUCGUCCGAGUCCAGUCCCCGGAGGGAAUGAAGAAGAUUCCCUCCACCAAGCGGGAGACGGCGGCUGCCUUCCUGAAAAAGGUGGCCAAAGAGUUUGGCUUCAGCUCCAAUGGCUUCUCUGUCUACCUGAACCGGAACAAGACUGGAGAGAUCGUGUCCCAGAACAAGGCCCUCAGCCUGCUUAAGAUUAAACAUGGAGACAUGCUCUUCCUGUUCCCCUCCGGAGCCUCUGGAUCCUCCAGCGAGGUCAUGGAUGUGGCUGCCCCACACUCAUCUUCCUCGCUGCCCUCCUCCUCCUCCUCUUCCUCCUCGACUUCGUCCAUGUCGCGCUCCUUGUCCGCGACCCUGAUCCCGGAGGACGAGAUCGACCAGUACCUGACCAAACAGGAUGGGAAGAUCUAUAGGAACAGAGACCCCCAGCUGUGUCGACAUGGGCCCAUGGGGAAGUGUGUGCACUGCGUGCCCCUGGAGCCCUUCGACGAGGACUACCUGAACCACCUGGACCCCCCCGUCAAGCAUAUGUCCUUCCACGCCUACAUCCGCAAGCUGACGGGAGGCGCGGACAAGGGCAAGUUCGUCGCUUUGGAGAACAUCAGCUGUAAGAUCCGCUCGGGCUGCGAGGGCCACCCUCCGUGGCCCGAGGGCAUCUGCACUAAGUGCCAGCCCAGCGCCAUCACCCUCAACAGACAGAAAUACAGGCACGUAGACAACAUCAUGUUUGAGAACCACACCAUCGCAGACCGCUUCCUGGACUUCUGGAGGAAGACGGGAAACCAGCGGAUGGGCUACCUGUACGGAAGGUACACCGAGCACAAGGACAUCCCGCUGGGCAUCCGGGCCGAGGUGGCCGCCAUCUAUGAGCCCCCGCAGAUCGGCACUCAGAACAGCCUGGAGCUGGUGGAUGACCCCAAGGCUGCGGCGGUGGAGGAGAUUGCCGCUAAGCUGGGACUUUGCAAGGUGGGCUGGAUCUUCACGGAUCUGCUGUCAGAGGACACGAGGAUAGGAACUGUGCGCUACAGCCGGAACAAGGACACCCAUUUCCUGAGUGCGGAGGAGUGCAUCACAGCGGGCCACUUCCAGAACAAACACCCCAACCCCUGCCGCCUCUCCCCCGACGGGCACUUUGGCUCCAAGUUUGUCACCGUGGUAGCGACAGGGGGCCCUGACAACCAGGUGCACUUCGAGGGCUAUCAGGUGUCCAAUCAGUGUAUGGCGCUGGUGCGGGACGAGUGCCUGUUGCCCUGCCGGGACGCCCCCGAGCUGGGCUACGCCAAGGAGUCCAGCACAGAGCAGUAUGUGCCGGAUGUCUUCUACAAGGACAAGGACAAAUUUGGCAACGACAUCACAUACCUAGCACGACCUCUGCCCGUGGAGUACCUGAUCAUUGAUAUCACCACCACCUUCCCUAAGGACCCAGUGUACACCUUCUCAUCCAUGCAUCGCUUCCCCAUCGAGAACCGCGACGUACUGGGGGAGACUCAGGACUUCCACAGCCUGACCACGUACCUGUCCCAAAGUUCCUCGGCGGCAUUCCUAGACGUCGUCUCUGACUUCCACCUACUGCUCUUCCUGGUCACCAAUGAGGUCAUGCCCCUUGGGGAUAGCAUCGGGCUCCUGCUGGAUGCAGUCAAGACCUCCAAUGAGGAGCUGGCUCGAACCUGGAAGAAGUCGGUGCAGUGGGCGACCAUCGAGCAGCUGUGCAGCACAGUGGGCGGGCAGCCGUCGGGUUCCCAUGACUACGGGGCCAUGAGCGGCCCCUCCGCCCCCACGUCAGCGUCCGCCAUGUGGUCCUGCCUGCACUGCACCUUUAUGAACCAGCCAGGCACCGAGCUCUGCGAGAUGUGCAGUCUACCUCGCAGCUAAACCCCGCGCCCUUUUCCAGCUCCUCCCCAGGCUAUAGGGAAGGCGGAGUCAUGCAGUCCUGGGCGGGGCCCAGACUCACCACAGAUGUCACCAUCACUCUGGGACCAGCUACAAUGCUGUCUUCUGUACCCUCCUUCCCUUGACCUUUGACCCUUUUCCCCUCUGAUCACCCAGCUCCUGUUUUCUCCCCCCUCACAGGCUGCCUUUUUGUCCUGCAGGGGGCGCUGCCAGCACCAUGCCACUGGUGUCUGUGAAUGAUGUCUGAAAGAUGUCAGUUUAGCACUCAUGUCCGCCUGCAUCCCCACCCUCCUGUGGGGCAAAUCGGGAUCUUCCAUUACCUUCCAUUACCCCCCCCCCCCCCCUUAGAGGUCACAAGCCUAAUUUUACUCUCUCCAUUGUGUAAAUACACAAACUAAUUAGUUCCAAAUGAUGCAUUUUGUCAUUUUUUUUUCUUAUUUAUGGAAAUUGGUUUAGUUGUUUGGUUUCUUUGCUUUAGUAGAAAGAUUCCCGUACUUGCCCCCACCGCCCCCCUGUCCAUUACCUACUUCUGCCCCCUAUUGGUCACUCCAUCCUGCGAUGCUGCUCAUUCAGUUCAGCAAGGGUCUCUCUUCCUCUCCUCCCUCACUCAAAUUACUCCUCUUUCCCAGCUCUCAUCAGCAGUGGUUUUGAGUCCACCUUGCUGAUGUGGUCGGGGCACUGCAGUGUCUCGCCAGGACGUGGACGUAGCCCUCUAGGGGCACCAGCCCUGGUAGUGAGUGUCACCGCCCUGGUGGCCGCUGGCCAGCCUGCAGCUCCGUCUCAUUUCUGCCGGGUGGUUUGGAUUGGUUUGCGGGUCCUGUUUCCCAGCAUGGGCUGGCUCUCGGUGCCGCGGGACGGGCUUGGCAUGGAAGCGAGGGCUCCAUCUUCGCCUGUAGUUUUGGCUUGGGGUGGCAUCAUUGAAUUACUUCCGUUUUAUUCCCCAUUCUAUGUCAGUAGCCCCCCCCCCCCCCCCCC